AUGCCAGACCCGGAACGCCCGUUCUUGCGCACGACACGCGCAGUGCUCGUAAAUGGCAUUCCCGAGUCGCUAGUCGCGAUCCCGCUUACAUUCCCUCCUGUCGUUCGAUCCCUGGGCGGGUCCGCAGCGGCUCAGGGCACCGUCGCGGGCGCCAGGGGCGGGUCCGCGGCGGCGCAGGGCACCGUCACGGGCGCCAGGGGCGGGUCCGCAGCGGCUCAGGGCACCGUCGCGGGCGCCAGGGGCGGGUCCGCGGCGGCGCAGGGCACCGUCACGGGCGCCAGGGGCGGGUCCGCAGCGGCUCAGGGCACCGUCGCGGGCGCCAGGGGCGGGUCCGCGGCGGCGCAGGGCACCGUCACGGGCGCCAGGGGCGGGUCCGCGGCGGCUCAGGGCACCGUCACGGCCGCCAGGGGCGGGUCCGCGGCGGCUCAGGGCACCGUCGCGGGCGCCAGGGGCGGGUCCGCGGCGGCACAGGGCACCGUCGCGGGCGCCAGGGGCGGGUCCGCGGCGGCGCAGGGCACCGUCUCGGGCGCCAGGGGCGGGUCCGCGGCGGCUCAGGGCACCGUCGCGGGCGCCAGGGGCGGCACCGACCCUCCUCCCCCCCACAUACCUGCCCUCCUCCCCCACACGUACCCGCCCUCCUACCCCCCACAUACCCGCCCUCCUCCCCCACACGUACUCGCCAUCCUCCCCCCCACAUACCCGCCCUCCUCCCCCACACGUACUCGCCAUCCUCCCCCCCACAUACAUGGGACAGAGGAGGAGGGUGAGAGGGGGAGGGGGAGAGGGGGAGGGAGAGAGGGGGAGGGACAGAGGGACGGAGACAGUGGGGGAGGGAACGAGGGGGAGGGGGAGAGGAGGAGGGAGAGAGGGGGAGGGAGAGAGGGGGAGGGAGAGAGGAGGAGGGAGAGAAAGGGAUGGACAGAGGGGGUUCGAAAUAUGCUCUCUCCCCGUCAUUUGCCCCCGUUCCCCCGACCCCCUUCCCUGCUUCCCCCUAUCCCCUUCCCUGCUUCCCCCCAUCCCCUUCCCUGCUUCCCCCCAUCCCCUUCCCUGCUUCCCCCCAUCCCUUUCCCUGCUUCCCCCCAUCCCCUUCCCUACUUCCCCCCAUCCCCUUCCCUGCUUCCCCCCAUCCCCUUCCCUGCUUCCCCCCAUCCUCUUCCCUGCUUCCCCCCAUCCCCUUCCCUGCUUUCCCCCAUACCCUUCUCUCUCUCAGUCCUUUCGCACUCUCUCUCCGUCCUCUCGCACUCUCACUCUCCUUCCCACCACCCUCAGCCCUCCUUCCCCCCACCCUCUGCCCUGUUCCCACCUGCCCUCCCAAUCCUUGCCUUUCCCUCCCUGCCCUACCCUUCCCUUCCCCAUCCCUUCUCAACCCUUCCGUCCUUUUCAUGCCCUCCCCUUCCCCCUCAUUUCUCACUUUCCGCCCUCUAG